AUGUCUCCGGCUGCCGCCUUUGCUCCUCGGCUUUCCGCCCCCAGCGCUUGCCUGCCCAUGUACCCUGUCCCCGGCGCGGCGAUGCGGCUGGACCGGCAGCACGGAGACCCGAGCGCCCCGGCCGACGGCCGCGGUGUGGGGCGGUGGGCGCUCCCGCGCCGCUGGGCGCUGCUGCUGCUGCUCGCCCUCGGCUGCCUGCGCGCCGCCGCCGACGGUGCAAGAGCAAAAUGUGAAGAAUCCCAAUUUGCAUGUGGUAAUGGACGCUGUAUUCCUCAAAUCUGGAAAUGUGAUGGAGAUGAAGACUGUUCAGAUGGCAGUGAUGAGAGUGCUUGUGUGAAGAAGACAUGUGCCGAGUCCGAUUUCGUGUGUCUCAGUGGUCAAUGUGUGCCUAACAGAUGGCAGUGUGAUGGGGAUCCGGACUGUGAGGAUGGGUCUGAUGAGAGUUCUGAACUGUGCCAUACGAGAACAUGCCGGGUAAAUGAAAUCAGCUGUGGUCCUCAGUCAACUCAGUGUAUCCCAGUGUCCUGGAAAUGUGAUGGUGAAAAAGACUGUGACAGUGAAGAAGAUGAACAGAAUUGUGGCAAUGUGACUUGUAGUCCAGCAGACUUCACAUGCAGCAGUGGGCAAUGUAUUUCCAAGAGCUUUGUCUGCAAUGGUCAAGAUGACUGCAGUGAUGGUAGUGAUGAGCUGGAGUGUGCACCUCCUACCUGUGGAGUUCAUGAGUUCCAGUGCAAGAGCUCGACUUGCAUCCCCCUCAGCUGGGUGUGUGAUGAUGAUGCUGACUGCUCUGACCACUCAGAUGAAUCUCUAGAGCAAUGUGGUCGCCAGCCUGUGCCUCCUGUCAAGUGCUCUGCCAGUGAGGUGCAGUGUGGCUCAGGUGAAUGUAUCCACAAAAAAUGGCGCUGUGAUGGAGAUCCUGACUGUAAGGAUGGAAGUGAUGAAAUCAACUGCCCUUCUCGGACCUGUAGACCAGACCAGUUCAGAUGUGAAGAUGGGAACUGCAUUCAUGGGAGUAGGCAGUGCAAUGGUGUGAGAGAUUGUCUGGAUGGCACAGAUGAAGCAAAUUGUAACAAUGUUAUUCAGUGCUCUGGGCCUGGCAAAUUCAAGUGCAGAAGUGGAGAAUGCAUAGAUAUCAAUAAAGUAUGUAACCAGCAGAGAGACUGCAAGGACUGGAGUGAUGAGCCCCUCAAGGAGUGUAAUGUCAAUGAAUGCCUAGUGAACAAUGGCGGAUGCUCUCACAUCUGCAGAGAUCUCAUUAUUGGCUAUGAAUGUGACUGUCCAGCUGGGUUUGAGCUUCUAGACAGGAGAACCUGUGGAGAUAUUGAUGAAUGUCAGAACCCUGGUAUCUGUAGUCAGAUCUGUAUCAACCUGAAAGGGGGCUACAAAUGUGAAUGUAGCCGUGGCUAUCAGAUGGAUCUUGCUACUGGGGUGUGCAAGGCAGUUGGGAAAGAACCAAGUCUAAUUUUCACCAACCGUCGGGACAUCAGGAAGAUUGGCCUUGAGAGAAAAGAAUACAUUCAGCUUGUAGAGCAGCUAAGAAACUCUAUAGCUCUAGAUGCUGAUAUUGCUGAGCAAAAGCUUUACUGGGCAGACUUCAGCCAAAAAGCAAUCUUCAGUGCCUCUAUUGAUACCCGUGAUAAAGUUGGAACACACAUCCGAAUCCUGGACAACAUACACAGCCCUGCAGGAAUUGCUGUUGACUGGGUUUAUAAGAACAUCUACUGGUCUGACUCAACUGCAAAGACCAUUUCAGUGGCUAGCCUGGAUGGCACAAAAAGAAAGGUUUUGUUUCUCUCGGAGCUGAGAGAGCCAGCUUCUAUUGCUGUAGAUCCUGUCUCUGGCUUUAUGUACUGGUCAGACUGGGGUGAGCCAGCAAAAAUUGAGAAAGCAGGAAUGAAUGGAUUUGACAGACAGCAGCUUGUGACAACAGAAAUCCAAUGGCCUAAUGGAAUUGCUCUAGAUCUUGUAAAAAGCCGCCUGUACUGGCUUGAUUCUAAACUGCACAUGCUGUCAAGUGUGGACUUGAAUGGCCAGGAUCGUAGAAUUGUGCUGAAGUCACAUAUGUUCCUUCCUCAUCCUCUUGCUCUAACCAUUUUUGAGGACCGUGUGUACUGGAUUGAUGGAGAGAAUGAGGCAGUCUAUGGUGCCAACAAAUUUACAGGAACCGACUUAGUCACCCUGGUGAAUAACCUCAAUGAUGCACAGGACAUCAUUGUGUAUCAUGAACUUGUUCAGCCUUCAGGUAGGAACUGGUGUGAAGAGAACAUGGCAAAUGGAGGCUGUAACUACCUGUGCCUGCCUGCUCCUCAGAUAAAUGAACAUUCUCCAAAGUACACCUGUGCAUGUCCUGCUGGGUACUUCUUGCAGGAGGAUGGUCUGAGAUGUGCAGUUUCAGGUACUGGAACAACUGUGGCUUACACUGAGGCUAAAGAUACCAGCACAACAGAAAAAUCUCCAACUGUUGGACUAGUUCCUGGAGGAUUCAACACUAGUAGUACAACCUCUGAAGUAACUGCAGCUGGAAGAACAUCAGCAGCUUGGAUCAUUCUUCCUGCUGUAUUGUUGAUGAUGGCUGCAGCAGCUGGCUACUUCAUGUGGCGUAACUGGCAGCACAAGAACAUGAAAAGCAUGAAUUUUGAUAAUCCAGUCUACCUAAAAACUACAGAGGAGGACCUCACAAUUGAUAUUGGAAGACACAGUGGUUCAGUAGGACACACCUACCCUGCAAUAUCUGUAGUCAGCACAGAUGAUGAUAUGGCUUGA